AUGCCCCCGCCAAGACUUCUCCACGUGAUCCCGCGCACCGGUGACAGAAUGAAGGCGGAGCAAAUCACCCACCGGGAAUUGGCCACCGUCUCAUCCCUCCCCGUCCCCGUCAAGAUGGACGAAGGACGCGCUCUGCAACGCAGUAAACGUCAUGCGCCGAAGGUCCGGUCAGGCUGUGUCACUUGCAAACGCCGUCGAGUGAAAUGUGACGAACAUAAACCUGCCUGUCAACGCUGCAAGACCAACCGACUCCAUUGCGAGGGAUAUGCACCCCCCAAAACAUGGAUUUUCGAGCCCCGGCAGCAACCCUCCACAACCGUGUCGAGCCGUCAGCUGCAUCUAGCAUCUGAUGUUAUCCGUGAAAGUGGUGCUGGAAUUAAGCUCUACCCCUCCAAAGACCUACACUACCACGGAACCUUUGCCGGACACCCUGGCGAAUUGAUGGCCUUCGAAUUCUUCGCAAAAGUGACUGCACCUGUUGCUGGGAGAUGGGCAGCCCCAGAACUAUGGCAGAGACUUGUAUUGCGAGCCGCUUGGGAGGAAGCUGCUAUCAAGGACUGUAUCGUGUCGCUCACCAUCACCUCCUUAGAGCGAGGUCCUUCCCAGGUCCAGAUAUCCAUACCGACAACUCUACGCUCGCGGGACUACUAUUACUUUCGAGCUGCCAGUCUGCUUAGUAAGCAUGAGAGCAAGCCUGUGGAACUUUGUCUCAUUGCUAGUGUAACUUUCUGGCACUUUGACCUGUUCAAUCGUCGUCCCCUACGCGCAAUGAUACACUUGCACGCCACGACUAGCCUCUGGCAAUCAUUGCGGGGAAGCGCGCCAUUUUCGACAGCGCUGGGCACGGAAAUCGAGAAAUUGUUGUGCUCGCUGGCUGGUAUCGACAGUCUUCAUGAAAGCGGCAACGCCUCCCACAUGCUUCCGUCCCCAGAGGGCUACUCCUUUCGCAAAACCCAGGCAAAGACGCACGGCUUUAUAUCACUCAAUGCAGCUCGCGCUAGCCUUUCACGGUGUAUCUGGGCUGCAGUACUAGCAUACGACCCGUCGGCAACUGCCCACACCUUGCGUGACCUGGCUGAUGUUGAGCAUGUUGUCUUCCAGAAGGAGAUGGACGGGCUUCUGGACUUUUCGGACCUGCCACUCUGCACCCUGAGCGAUUGCCUAAACCUUUUCUACUCCUGGCAGCAACGGAUGUGGCUAACGCCGGACCUUAUCGUCCCUUUCACCGGCAGGCAAUCUCUACUACUGCACGCACAGUUGAUUCAAUCAGUCAUUCAAAAAGACGUGAACAAUAGCACGGCUGGAAUUCAUGAUCUCAGUGAGAGCAAUGAGUCCUUGUUUGUCCGAGUUCUCGACGCUGUCGCCGAUAUUGUCAGAACAACACAGCAUCACAAACACAGCAAUCCACCAACAACCGACAACACCAAACCCACAAGCCUCCGGCCGCUUGUACUCUUCAUCAUGCGGCGCACGAACCUGGAAGCUACGUUGAGCAGGGCAGCUCAACUUAUGGAAGAUGUUGAAGUCGUGGAGAAAGAUACGGAUGCUGUCCUGUUACUGUGGAUGGGUUUUAUAUUGGAGAACACUCUAGCAGCCGGCCCGCCGGUACCAAAUCCGCUUGUGUUCCAAUGUGUCCGCGACGAGACUGACGUGGUCAGGAAAGAUGCCAAUUUAUAUCACGAAAUUCCCCAAUAUGUUCAGGAAUUGGGAUGCUUAUCUGUCGGGACUGUGGUGAACUUCAACUAUCCAUCAUUCCGCGUCAGGUCCCUUUACCCCAGCGCUGGCACAAUGCCUCCACAGAGGAGGCGAAGAUUCCUUGCAUCCGGCGAUGAUCUGGAGGCUAAGAACGCGAGGGAGGAGAAGUCGAUCGAGGAAUGUUCUCAGCUGGACCUGGACGACAGUCCCGAUAUCGCCGCGUCAAGCGAAAAGCGACGUAAAGGGUUGAUGACGGCGUGGAAAUAUUAUGCCGACGCUUCUUGUUACCGCUGCGCUUCUUCCAGCGCCUACUCAAUUAACACGCCGUUGACCCCUACCCGUCUUCAGCUACUGUGGGCUCCUCCAGGACCCAGAAGACCCAAACGGGCCGGUUGA